GUCGGAAUUUCCAAUCGCGUAAGAAUCUUGGGUGCAGGGUGCAGUCGUGUCCGUCGUGUCUCGUGCUUGCCUCGUGCUUCGUGGUAACACCGUGGUAGAGUUCCGUGGGGUUCGUGCGUUCGUGGCUGGUUCAUAUAUCGCGAGUUGGAGCAUAACGUGUGACGAUUGCCUCGUUCUAUAUGACAUGGAUGACAUCAAGACUGGAUGGUUCAGCGAGCUAAGCACCCUUUGGCCGGGACAGUGUCUUUCUCUUGAAGUAGAAGAGGUGCUCUUCCAUGAAAAAUCGAAAUUUCAAGACAUCAUGGUCAUCCAAAGUAAGGCGUUUGGGCGCACUCUGAUUCUGGACGGAGUGAUCCAGUGCACGGAGAAGGACGAGUUUUCGUACCAGGAGAUGAUCACGUUCCUGCCGCUGAACUCACACCCGCAGCCGAGGAAGGUGCUGAUUGUCGGCGGCGGGGACGGCGGCGUCGCGCGCGAGGCCGUCCGACAUCCGGCCGUUGAACAGGUGGUCAUGUGCGAGAUCGACCAGAUGGUGGUGGACGUGUCCAAGCGGCUGCUGCCGUUCAUGGCGGCCGGCUUCCAGUCGCCCAAACUGGAGCUGCACUUUGGCGACGGCCUCGAGUUCAUGAAGCAGCACCGCGACGAGUUUGACGUUAUUAUCACGGACUCCUCGGACCCGGUCGGCCCUGCGUGCACUCUGUUCGAGGAGAACUACUUUGAGCUGAUGUCGUCCGCUCUGCGGGCCGGCGGUAUCAUCUGCUCCCAGGGAGAGAACAUGUGGUUUCACCAGGACAUCAUCAGGAAGGUGAUGGACGGCUGUCGCAAGUAUUACGGCUCGGUGUCGUACGGCUUCACCACCAUCCCGACGUAUCCGGGCGGCCAGAUCGGCUUCGUGCUGGCGGCCAAGGACCAGGGUGUCGACUUCAGUCGGCCGCGCCGCGAGCUGACCGAGCCCGAACUGGACGCCAUGGGCCUGCGCUACUACAGCUCCGAGGUGCACCGGGCCGCCUUCGUGCUGCCGCGCUUCGUCCGACAGGCGCUGGCCGCGCCGCAGUGACCGCCGCAGUGACCGCCGCAGUGACCGCCGCAGUGACCGCCGCCGGCCGCCGCAGUGACCGCCGCAGUGACCGCCGCACGACGGUGCACAGCCGCUCUUGUGUGCAGCAACAGGGGUACCUAUGUGGUUAAUGAUAGUUACAGUACUGGCGGCGAGUGAUACAGUCGCCAGAUUUGGGGACGGAUAUCUGGCAGCCAGUGAUAUCAGUCGCCAGAUUUGGGGACGGAUAUUUUGCUUGCCAGUUUGUUAGCAGAUGAUAUUUCUAGAUUAAUCCAGGGAUUUAUGUAAACAAUGGGAGAAUGGUGCCGUUUUCAGGCACCGGCUCACCCGCCGACACUUAUCAGGGAAGUCUACUCACAGGUCGUGCGGGGGCUUUAGGCUGUUUAAUUAAUUCAGCCAAUGACUCAUUCACUGUCGUUUGCUAGGCAGAGGCGACAACCAUGACUGAAGAAGUGACUAUUUCCUUCUUGUGUGUUAUCACUCACAUUCACAGUGUUCCAUAGGCAUUGUACGCGAGUGUUGAUCGGCCCUGUGGCGUGUCGGUGCGGACGCUGAGGAGGUGACCUUUCCGUGGCCGUGUGCUGCCGGCGCCGCGCACCGGCGCCACCGACACAAUGACCCGUUUUAAUACAGCAGCAGCAGCAGCCACUCGCA